AUGAAGUUACGCCCAGGUGCGCUGUAUAGAAACCUAUUCUUUAUUGUGGGUAGUUUCAUCGUCUGCUACACAGUUUACCGUAUUCUCGUUUAUGAUGGUGGCUCUAACGUUGAUGUUCACCGCAGGCAAAAACACUUAUAUCUCACAGUAUCCAAAGACAGGAUUGGACAUCGGUUUGAGAAACUAGCUCCAAAGCGAAUUGUUUUGUGGACGACAGUUUUUGGCGAGACAAAAUCAGUGGAUUUCAGCGACUGUAAAGGAUUUUCGGACCGGUGCAUAGUGACGUCGAAUAAGUCCUUGGCUCCGGUUGCUGAUGCAGUGGUGUUUCAUGCUCGUGACAUUCCUAAUGCACCUCUUCCGGAGCCGUAUCUGCGUCGUCCACAUCAGCGAUACGUAUUCCUGACCAUGGAAACACCGUCCAACAGUGGUAGACAUGCUGUCCCAUCGAAUUUUUUCAACUGGACGGCGACAUAUCUUUUAUCAUCGGAUGUGGUGUUUAAAUAUGGCUUAUUCUACCUCUCCGCAAAAGAAGCUGAACUGAAGGGCUUCAAGUUUGUGAAUUUUCAUAUCGACGAAUCUGCUUUGAUCAAGAAGAAAUCUGGGAUUUUCGGAAUAAUUUCAAACUGUAAGACUCUUGCUGGCAGAGAAUUAGCGAUAAAAGAACUCUCCCGGUAUAUAAAUGUCACGAUUGGCGGGAAGUGCGCAAUGAAUGAAAAUUAUUUGAACCUCUGCCCGUCCGGAAACAGCUGCUCUGAGUUGUAUGAACAGUAUCCUUUCUACUUUGCGGUGGAAAAUUCGGUGUGCAAAGAUUACGUCACAGAGAAGUACUGGGACAGAACAUCGUUCGCAAGCAUUCCCAUUGUGAUGAGGAGGAAAAUCUACGAGUCGAGUAACAUGCCUCCUCACUCCUUCAUUGCGAUGGAUGAUUAUAAUUCUCCCAAAGAAAUGGCGGAGAAUUUAAGGAAGAUCGAGUCGGAUAAGAGAGCAUAUGAGGAAUACUUCACGUGGAGAAAGGGACAGUGGACCGCUGCGCCAUGGAAUGCUCCUGGAUAUAGAAAUGGAUUUUGUAGGCUUUGUGAACGCUUAUGGGAGGAGAAUCCUCAAGAGAAAACGAUUGAGGAUGUGUGGGCAUGGUUUGAUGCAUCGUCAGAAUGCGAAGGAGACGAAUUUGUGAAACGCUGGAUCAGAUCAGAUCAGCGCUGA